GGUCUUAGCGUCAUCUCAUCUCACUAAUACUGCAUAUCUGGAAUUGUCCCCCGCCACAAGUCUCUGUCAGCAUUUCACCGAAAGCGAAAUAUGACAGCCUCCUAACGGCGGACCCUACACAAUAUUUAUAUCUGGUUUUACAACAUCCUCGAGACUGUGAAUAUCCACGUGUUGAAUAUAUAUAUAUAAAUUUUGUCCUGAUAAUUGGACGUGGACGUCCCUCGGUUUCUCCCCGGCCGACAUCAUACCGAAAUGGCUGAAUCGUCAUCGAGCCUCUCACGCGUUGAUUCGUUUCAGUAUCCCGCCGCACAUCUUGGUCACUUGACAGACUCCCAGCAGAUGAGCUUGGAUGAAUUCAAAUCGAUAUGCGAAAAAGCAGGCUAUUACAAGCCGUCGACAGGCGCUCCUUACAGCUAUGCGAGCCACGAUGACGAGACCAUGCUACGGUACCUGCGGGCCCGAAAGUUUGUGCCGAGUGAAGCGGUCAAGCAGUUCAAAGACACCGAGGACUGGAGGAAAGCGAACCACCUGAAAGAUCUAUACGACACCAUCGACACUCAGGAGUACGAACAGACUCGCCGCUUAUAUCCCCAAUGGACAGGUCGGAGAGACAAGAGAGGGAUUCCCGUUUACCUGUUUGAAGUCGCUCAUUUGGACUCCAAAACCGUAUCGGAAUAUGAGAAAUCCGUUACGAUGAGUACGACGGUGCCUCAUAACGAGGCUAAAGUUCCGACCAAAAUGCUCCGCUUGUUUGCUUUGUACGAAAAUCUCACGAGAUUUAUAAUGCCUCUAUGCACUUCCUUGGAGGAUAGGCCGCAUCUUGAGACGCCUAUCUCUCAAAGCAGCAAUAUUGUCGACAUCUCAAAAGUCGGCCUGCGGACGUUCUGGAAUUUGAAGAACCAUAUGCAAGAUGCUAGCCAGCUGGCAACUGCUCACUACCCGGAAACCCUUGACAGAAUCUUCAUCAUUGGCGCCCCUGUGUUUUUCCCAACCGUCUGGAGUUGGAUCAAGCGCUGGUUCGACCCGAUCACCGUCUCCAAAAUAUUCAUCCUCGGCCCGUCUGAAGUCAAACCGACACUGGAGAAAUUCAUCGACAUCGCCAAUAUCCCCAAGAAAUAUGGCGGCGAACUGGACUUCGAAUUCGGCAUGCUUCCCGUUCUAGAACCUUCUAUCAAGGAACACCUCCAAUGGCAGUCUCCCCACAUACAGGGAGGUCAGAAAACGUUUCCCAUCGGCCCAAUCAUCUGGCGUGAAGCCCCGGGUGACCAUAUGGAAGCCAUCGCGGUCGGUUCGGAGGGCAGGAAGCGAAGGGAACAGGUCGUUGCACGCGUGAAGGCCGACUUCAAGGGCAUGCACGGCGUUUCACGUCUGAACACGGAGAUCGACUGGUCUCAAGAACCCGCCAUUCCAUCGACGGGGACCAAUACGCAACCGACGGAAGACGGCGAUCUUUAUUAUGGGAGCGAUCUAGCACCUGAGCGCGCAAACACGCCUGCGGAGGUGGACGGUGGCGGCGCUGCCACGGCCGCAGCGGUGGAAGCAGAUACGCAGCAGAAUGGCGAAGCAGCGGAGAGUGGUGCGGACGCUGAUGCUACUCGGACGGGGACGUCGGUCACCAAGCAGGGGCAGCAGACCGGCACGCAUGCGGAAGGCCAACUGGCAGAGGGGACUCCCCAAAACGUAUCUCACGACGUUGGCGGAGACAAGGCGGCGGUGAUGGAGCCAAAGACGGUAGGGCAGGCGCCCAAGACUGUCCCGGUUCCGGAUCCGGUCGAGGAGACGCCUGGGGUUGUGGGGAAGGCGAAGGCGGCUGCCGGGGCGGUCGGCGGGGCGAUCGAGAACACGGUGGGGGCGCUGGAAGAGAAAGUAGGGUUGACGGGGAAGGAAGAGAAGAAGGAAGAGGUGCUGGCGGAGAGGCCUAAGGAUCCGAGGGUAAAUGAGUUGGAAAAUGGGAAGGUGGAGGAAUUUAUCAGGAGCCGGAAUGCAAGUGAGACCCCUAAAGCUCCGUAAAGCUAUGGAGUAACAAGAGUUGAAUAGAAGCUAGCACUCGUUGCGAUAUAUGGAUUGGAAUUAGAGCGUUUCGGAUAUUGGAUGAUAUCACUUCCCUUUUCGGUUGCUCUAACCCGUGGCUUACGAUAAAAUCGAUUUCUCAUUCUGUUGUUUC